GUUUCAAAUAUAUGGCGCGAGCUAACGAAGUUAGGGUUUCAGAAAUUUAUCUCAGAGAAAACGCGGCAUUUGCUUAAUUAUAGGGCUCACAUGGCUUCACGAAAUUAGGAAUUCAGAUCUGCAGAGAAAUGGUGCUGGUUUCUAGGGUUUAUCCGCUUAAACCCUGCCAAAUUUUGCUGGCUACUGUUCUCGAGAAGCGAUUUUCUUCUUGUUUCAGAGCUAAAAAAAUGCGUCAAUUCGGCCAUGCGUUUUCCAGGUAUAAUGGUUUUUGGUGCAAGAAUUCGUCUGAAGAGGUAAAAGGUAUGGAAGAUUAUCGGGAAGCGUUUUCUCGUCGAAUGGAAAUGGCCGGAAUCAAGCCACACCAUCGAAUUGCUAUGGGAGUAUCAGGUGGACCAGAUAGCAUGGCGUUGUGCAUUUUAACCUCAGAAUGGAAAUCUAAUGCCCUUGAUGGUAAGGAUAUUAGAUCUGGGAACUUAAAAAGUCUUCUCGGUAUUGUGGUUGAUCAUGGUCUACGUGCUGAGAGUGAAGCAGAGGCUAAGUAUGUAAAAGGCUUGGUUUCAAACAUGGGUAUUCAAUGCGAGAUUGCAUGUUGUGAUUGGUCUGAUGGUAGGCCUGAGCAGGGUCAUCUACAAAAAGCAGCUCGUGACAUGAGGUAUAAAAUUUUUCAGGAUUUAUGUACUGAGAACCAGAUUGAUGUGCUGCUUGUUGCACACCAUGCUGAUGAUCAGGCUGAAUUGUUCAUUCUCAGAUUAUCACGGAAUAGUGGUGUGCUUGGACUAGCUGGCAUGGCUUUUGUUUCUCAAUUAUUUCUGGAGUCUUUACACAAUUAUGGAGAAAAUUCUGCCGGUGAUGGUGUUUUACUAGUGAGACCACUUUUGCAAUUUUCAAAAGACGACCUUUAUAAAAUAUGCCAAGAAGCUAGGCAACCAUGGGUGGAAGACCCAACAAAUCGAAGCCAAUUAUUUGUUCGUAAUAGAAUUCGGAUAUCUCUGAGACACUUAUCAAGAAGUGUUUUCAGAGCUGAAUUGGAUGCAGUUAUUUCUGCAUGCCGCAAGACAAGAUCAUUUGUGGACCACUAUUGCAAUAUUUUGAUAAAGCAAACUGUGACUAUUGUGAAUUAUGGUUAUGCCAAAAUUGAUUUGGAGAAGCUUAAUGCGUCAAAUGUUGAGGAUCUAUGCCUCUCAAAGUUCAUUACAAUAGUUUUGCAGUUUAUCUCUCAGAGGCAUAGGCCUGUUCGUGGUAGUGUCUCUGCGGCACUAUUGAAGUACAUCCGUGGCUUCCCAUGCAAGAGCGCGUUUACUGCAGCUGCCUGUUACCUCUGCCCGGCUCCCAGUUCCAAAGGUAAAAAGAUCCUAGUGUGCUUUUCUCAUGGUUCUCCCCAGCCAUCAAGCCCAAGAGUAUCAAGUAGAUACCUUUACCACCACAGAGUACAGAGACACUCUUCAUCUAAUGAGAUUGAGCACAUUAUCGCAUCUGCAAAAUUAUAUUCUGAUCAAUUUGUGCCAGAUGCAUCAAAUGUACCAUUUUUGCAUGCCACAUCUUCAGACUGUGUCCUUAUUGAAGCAAGGAAACAAGGCCUUCUAUCCCACUCAACUCACUUGAGCAUCCUUUCACUGCAAAGGGAGGAAUCCAAGCAAUUUUUGGACAAGAAGGGAGCUAACUUAUUGCCUAAGGGGAGGCAAGAAACAGAACCCAUGAAUGUAUUUAAUAGUGAACCCCUCCAAUGUGGGCAUCUAUAUCACUUCAUGAAUAGAUUUUGGGUCACAUGGAAUCAUCAAAGGGGAAAAAUUUCAGAUGAUACUUUUCAUUUUGAUGAAGCCAAGGACUUCAACUUGAACAUUGAACAAGACAGGUGGAAUUGUUGUUUGUCUUCUUGUGUAGUUGAGGACACAACUGUUCUGAUUCGCCACAUGGAAGAUGCUGAUUGGAUGUUACUUGCUGACCUGGCAAUCAGCAGGUCAUCACUAGAGCAAAAUUCGCAUGGAGUCUUGACACAAACAACCGAUGUUACAUCAAGAGUUGUUUCAGAUACAACCACAAUGAGAGCCGAUUCAUGUUCAGAUUAUGUAAGAUGGUCAGCAAAGAAAGCUCUCCAGUUAUUAAAGUGUAUUCCAGUCUCUGCAAGGAGAGGGCUUCCUGUGCUAACUGAUAAACAUGGACUCCUACUUAGUGUUCCGAGUGUUUGCUUCAAGCGCUGCCCUUACAUGUCAGUUCUCGUAACAUUCAAGCCUAAGGUGCCCCUCGGAGGAGGUUAUAGUUCAUAUAUAUGAGAACCAACAACUGGACGUCAUAAAGAUGCAUUUUUCAUUGACUCUACUACAUAGCAUGGUUGUAAUGCGCUUAUUGGCAUAUGAUUAUCGGAUAGCUCCGUACGCUCUCUGGUCUAUAACAUAUUUAGAAGGUUGGAUGAGUUCGAAUGCAAAAUUCAAGCUCAUUUUGCUUCAAAGAUGGCUCCAAGGAAUUAAAGAUUUACAGUUACUCCCUUGGGCAAAACAGCCACUCAAGUCUUGAAAAUGCAGGUACAGAAACUGUACAACAACAAAAGAAAAGAACAGAAAAGGAUGAAGACAGCGCAAUCGCCUAUCAGCUGAUGACUACGCCUGCUUCUCCAUGGCACAACACAUGAUAGCAUUCCCGCUGCGCUCGCACCCCUUGGCAGGUCUCUGAUUAUUUAUCUGACCAAUACAUGUCGUUUUAGUUCACCCUCCUGCUUUGUUUAACGUAUGUUUGUAAGUUAAGUGUGGCUGGUGGGCCAUAAAAGAGUGAACCCUUAAUCUACCACUGAUCGAUGAGUUUCAAUGUGUAACGAGGCGGAGAUUGCAUUCGCUCUUUUGAAAUUUCACGUAGAAACACUAUGGUGCCCACCGUGGCACCUGUCUAACUAAAAACUGCUUAAAACGAAACAAAGAAAAUUCUAUUGAUGAUUUUGCA